AUGAGCGCGCCUGGCGUCGCCAUCACGCCUCUCCGCGCGAGAGGCAUGGAGAUUCUGCAUCCGUUGCGAUGCGACAGAGGGAUGACGCGUCCGCGCGCGGUUUUGACCGCGCGCGGGCGCGUAUCGCGCGCGUCUUCGAGCGCGAGCGCGGGCGGGGAAUCGUCGUCGUUGCGGGGUAAAAUCUCAACGCAGCGCGGCAGGAGCAGGGCCCGCGCGAGCGGCGAGGCCGACGCGCGAUCCGUGAGCGUCGCCGCCGUCGCCGGCGUGGACGAGCUGCAGACGGAUGCCGCGUCCGCGGGGAGGGCGAAAGCGGCGGCGACGAACGGCGCGCCGAAGAAGGCGAAGAAGGCCGUGCCGCAGAAAAUACCGCAGCCUAGGGAGGAGUUCGUGGAGAUGAAGGAUAUCCACGCGGUCGUGCUCGCGGGAGGGCCGGACAGCGGGAACCCGAUGACGCGCACGGACUCGAAAGCCGCGCAGCGAUUCGCGGCGACGUACCGCCUUAUCGACAUUCCUCUCGCGAACCUCAUCGCGUCGGGGGUGAGCCGGACGUUCGUGCUCACGCAAUGGAACGCGCACUCGUUGAAUCAGCACGUCCAGGCGGCGUACCCGCAGGAUCUGUUCGGGUUCGGGGAUAAAGGGUUCGUGGAGUGUCUGCCGUCGUACCAGCGGCCGGAGGAGAAGACCUGGUCGACGGGGAGCGCGGACUCGGUCAGGCGGCACUACCAAGCUGGGACGCUGCAGGGGAAAUCGCACGGCGGGUGUCUGUCCGAGCCCAAGGCGUACAUCAUCUGCAGCGGGGAAUCGCUUUACCAGAUGGACUACAACGAUAUUCUCAAGACGCACAACGAGACGGGCGCGGAGAUCACGAUAGCGACGCAGAAAAGGAAGGUUGGGGACAUCGAUUAUCACAACCUCGGUGUGCUGAGCAUGCGCGAGGACAUGGCGACCGCGGUGGAGCACUUCAAGGAGAAGCCGAGCGUGGACGAGCUGAAGGAGAUCGCGGUGUGCGGCGACGAGAGCGAGAAGUUGGAGGACUGCGAGGUGGCGGUGAACAUGGGGAUCUACGUCUUCUCGGAGCGCAUCAUGCGUGAUCUCCUCGGGAGGAUAGAGUGCGUCGCGGACGACAUGUCGCUGGACCUGGGGAAGGAUUUCAUCCCGAUGGCGAUCGGCUCGGGGUACGCCGUGCACGCGCACGAGUACGCGGGGUACUGGCAACCGAUUCGGACGUUCCGGGACUGGUACGACGCGAACAUGGAGCUGUGCCGGAGCGGUUUAACGCCCGAGGAGAAGGCGAACACCGCGGCGUCGUUGGUGUCGCACGAGUUCAAAAUUUUCACCAUCGCGCGGUGCCUCCCGCCCGCGAAGUUCAACGGCGACGUGUACACGGAGGGCACGAUCGCGUCCGAGGGCGUGUGCGUGGGCGCAAACACGAAGCUCACGAACGCGCUGAUCGGGCCGUGCGUCGCGAUCGGGCCGGACUGCGACAUCGCGGACACGAUCUUCGUCGGGAACUUGUCGAUGAAUUCGAUUCACAACGCGAACGUCCCGGACGUCGGGAAAGGGAGCGUGUUGCGGGGGGUCGUCGUGGACAGAGACGUCGUCAUCGGCGAGGGGUGCGUGAUCAACAACGCGCGGGGGUGGAAGUCCCACGAGGCGACGGACGCGGAUGGGCACGGGUACGUCAUUCAGGAUGGGAUCGUGACCUUGUUGCAAGGCACCGUUCUGCCGCCGGGCACCGUGAUUUGAGCGGGGUUUGGUCUUUUAUUUGGUUUUGAUUUUUUAGCGAAUCGCAAACGAACGCACGGACGCCGUGCGUGCUUCGCGUAGUAAGAUGGCAGCGAGUUGUAAUCCAGAAAGUUCAAGGAA